AUGCUUAAUGAAUCGGAUUUUGAGGAUUCCAAUUAUAUGAUGGAAGAACAAGAUUUGGAGGAUGAUAGGAUUGAUCGGUCAUUGUUCGAGAGUAAUGUGGAUAUAAAUGAGUUUAAUGAAAAUCAAACUGUCGUGGUGCACCAAAAUUCUGAAGAUGACAUGUCAUUUGGUGAUUCUCAAGAAAAAUAUUUAACCAUGUUUGUUGAAUCCGAUGUUGAUGAGAUGAAAUCGUAUGUCAUUUAUGAUCCAGUGUCAAAAUAUGAUCCCACUUUUAGUCUUGGAAUAAUUUUUAGCUCUAAAAAAGAAUUCAAGGAGGCGGUGCAGAAUCAUGCUAUCAAGACAAUGAGAAGUUUGAAAUUUGUCAAGAAUGAUAAAAGAAGAGUUUAUGUCCGAUGUGCUGUUGAGAUCUGCAAUUGGAAAAUGAAUGUGUUAAAAGAUCCUAAACGACGUAUAAAAGGGUUUAGGAAAGACGUCACCGAAGACAUUAGAUGCAAUAUAUCCCAACAACAAGCAGAAAGAGCACGAAAAUGGGCACUGAAAGCAAUUGAAGGUGAUGUUGAAGAGCAAUAUGGAAAGUUAUGGGACUAUGUUGAAGCUUUACGACAGUCUAAUCCUGGGUCAACUAUUUUUAUGCAAUUGAAAGGCGAAUUUUUGAAUGGACGACACAGAUUUAGCAAGUAUUACAUAUGUUUGAAAUCGCUUGUGCGUGGGUUUCAGUCUGGAUGUCAACCUAUCAUUGGGGUGGAUGGUUGUCACCUAAAAGGUCAUUGUCAAGGCAUUCUUUUGACUGCCAUUGGAAUUGAUCCCAACAAUGAGUUGUUUUCUUUGGCAUAUGCUGUUGUCAGGAGUGAGACACGCGAAGCGUGGAAAUGGUUUUUCACUUUUCUAAGGAAGGAUUUGAACAUAGAGCACGAGGUUGGAUUUAAGGGUCUUGCAUAUAAAAGAUUGAUUUGGAUGGCCGCCAACGCAAGUACUAUCCCCGACUUUGAGGAGGUGAUGAAGGAGAUUCAAGAGUUGGAUCCGAAAUGCAUUGAUUGA